ACUUUGCCACUACUUUCCUUGCAUUGCAUAGUAUUUAUGAGCAUAUGCAUGAUUUGCAAGCUUUGGUGACAAGUAAGGAGUUUGCAAGUUCAAGGUUUGCCAAAGAGAAGAAAGGAAAGGAUGCCAUUGAUAUCAUUUUAGAUAAACAAUUUUGGAAGGAUUGCUUCAUCAUUGUUAAGAUUGUUGAGCCACUUAUGCGUCAUUUGCGUAUUGUUGAUGGAGAUGACAAACUGUCCAUGGGAUAUGUUUAUGAAGGCAUGUAUAGGGCAAUCAAAGGUAUUAAAGAUAUUUUCAAGAGAAAUAAGAGGUUGUAUAGGCCUUACACAACAAUCAUUAAAACUCGUUGGGAUAAUCAAUUGCGGAAGAAUAUACAUGCGGCAGCUUAUUGGUUGAACCUAGCUUUUCAAUAUGAUCAAGCUUCAUUUUGCAAAAAGCCAGAGGUUAUGAAUAGUGUACUUGAUGUGAUUGAAACUAAAGCCACAUCAAGUAAAACGAAGCUCAUGAAUGAACUUAGAUUGUUUCGAGAUCGACAAGAUAGUUUUGGAAGAGAGCUUGCCAUUACUACAUCUAAGAAAACACAACCUGAUGAAUGGUGGAAGAUGUUUGGACACAGUGCUCCAAAUUUGCAAAAGUUAGCCAUUCGAAUUCUUAGUCAAACUAGCAGCUCUUCUGGGUGUGAAAGGAAUUGGAGCGUCUUUGAACGCAUACAUACAAAGAAGAGGAAUAGACUAGAACAUCAUAGGCUUAAUGAUCUCGUGUAUGUUCAUUACAACUUGCGAUUGAAGAAUAGGAAGUAUUACAAAACAAGGAAUUAUGAUCCCAUUGACAUUGAAAGCAUUGACAAAACCGAGUUUUGGAUUAUUGAAGAAGAAAGACUAGAACAAGAGGAGCCUCCAUUGCUUGAUUAUGAUGAGCUUGAAAAAAUUCUUUAUGAAGAAGAUGAGCCUCCACGAUAUAAGAAGCAAUGUCAUGGUCUACGAGAUGAUGAUGUUGAGGAUGAUAUGGAGGUAGAACUUCUUGGAGAUGAUAUCGACUUGGGAUCUUUUGGUGACGUGAACAUUGAUAAUAGAUCAAACAAUCCGAGCUCUAGUGCAAAUGGGAAUGAGAAUGAUGAUGAUGAUUGGCUAAAUUAUCGUCCCUAGGAGAUUUAGGAAAAAAUCGAAGAUUGUUUGUGAUGUUAUGUUGUGUUGUCUGUAAACUUUGGACUUAGUUUUGUCUUUUUUGUAACUUAUGUCUUAUGGACUUAUGUCCUAUGGAUUGCUUUAGUUGGAUGCUUUCAUAAUUUUUAUUGCUAUGAUUGUUGUUUUUAAUGGCUAAAUUUUCAUCUUUAAUUUUA